UUUUUGCUUGAAGUUAUCCUCAUGUUUAUUAAAAAAAUCCUGUACUUGAAGACUUCUGUAGAUGUACAAUUACCCUUCAAUGUGGGGCACGGUAGUAGUGCAGGAAAUACUCAAAAUACAAACAUCUGGCUGACAUGUUACAGAUAGGCCAGGUGCUCUUCUUCACGUGAGACUUUUGCUGUUGGUACACAGUCCUCUUUGCAUGUCGACUGGCAUUGCUUGGCUGCUCAUAAUAAAGUCUUGUGCUCGAGUGCUUUUGAAGGCUUUGAAAGUUAGUUUUUAGGUAAUUUUUGCAAGCAUAAUUUAAGCAUGUUGUGCUUUGGAUUCAGGCAAGUCUUUGUGGAACUGGACUAGUAUUAGAUUAAAAAGACACCUACUUUUGCCCAGUUUUAUUCUUAAGAGGUGUAAGUGAUGGACAGGGCCCUGUUUCUUUUGGCUUUGAAGGGUCCAUCUUUUUUCCUAUUCAGUCAUCUGGAAGGACCUACCUCAGAAAUACUCUUCUUCUGCUUACAUGAAGAUCUCUAAAUGCCAUCCAGCAGGAGGUGCUACAGCAAGAGAAAGGAAAAUUUUCAAAUUUUGAGGGUCUUGCCACUUAUUGCAGCUCUCCUGAGCUUCAUCUAAGCAACAGGAUUAACACCUUAAAGUUCCAGAAAGAUUUUGAGGGGAUAGAGCGCUGGAGAGCCACUUUCCCCAAAAUUGGACUUCUCAGAACCUUUAAUAUGCUAAUGUGCAUUGUGAAUCUCCGAGAGGGGGAUAUGAUGUGCAGCAUUCUUGAAUACUUCUAAUGACAGGGAGCCCACUACCUCAUAAGCUGCAGUGAGAAGAGGAGUUUGUUACUUUAAGCAGAGGCUGAAGAACCUAUAAAUUAGCAGGCCUAACAGAAAGUGGAGAAGGUAGAGGAUGGAGUUGCAGACUCUACAGGAGGCUCUUAAAGUGGAAAUUCAGGUUCACCAGAAACUGGUUGCUCAGAUGAAGCAGGAUCCACAGAAUGCUGACUUAAAGAAACAGCUUCAUGAACUCCAAGCCAAAAUCACAGCUUUGAGUGAGAAACAGAAAAGAGUAGUUGAACAGCUGCGGAAGAACUUGAUAGUAAAACAAGAACAACCAGACAAGUUCCAAAUCCAGCCAUUGCCACAGCCUGAAAACAAGCUGCAGACAGCACAGCAGCCGCCGCUACCACUGCAGCAGCAGCAGCAGUACCACCACCACCACGCCCAGCAGGCGGCUGCGCCCUCCCCCAGCUUGACUGCUUCCCAGAAGACUGUAACUACAGCUUCUAUGAUUACCACAAAGACACUACCUCUCGUCUUAAAAGCAGCCACUGCGACCAUGCCGGCCUCUGUUGUGGGCCAGAGACCUACCAUUGCUAUGGUGACCGCCAUCAACAGUCAGAAGGCUGUACUCGGCACCGAUGUCCAGAACACGCCAGUCAACCUGCAGACGUCCAGUAAGGUCACUGGGCCUGGGGCAGAGGCCGUCCAAAUUGUGGCAAAAAACACAGUCACUCUGCAGGUUCAGGCAACACCUCCUCAGCCCAUCAAAGUACCACAGUUUAUUCCCCCUCCUAGACUCACUCCACGUCCAAACUUUCUUCCACAGGUUCGACCCAAGCCUGUGGCUCAGAAUAACAUUCCUAUUGCCCCUGCACCUCCUCCCAUGCUUGCAGCUCCUCAGCUUAUCCAGAGGCCCGUCAUGCUGACCAAGUUCACCCCCACAACCCUUCCCACUUCCCAGAAUUCCAUCCACCCCGUCCGUGUUGUCAAUGGACAGACUGCAACCAUAGCCAAAACGUUCCCCAUGGCCCAGCUCACCAGCAUUGUGAUAGCUACUCCAGGGACCAGACUCGCUGGACCGCAAACUGUACAGCUUAGCAAGCCAAGCCUUGAAAAACAGACAGUUAAAUCCCACACAGAAACGGAUGAGAAGCAAACAGAGAGCCGUACCAUCACCCCACCUGCUGCACCCAAACCAAAACGGGAAGAGAACCCUCAGAAACUUGCCUUCAUGGUGUCUCUAGGGUUGGUAACACAUGACCAUCUAGAAGAAAUCCAAAGUAAGAGGCAAGAACGGAAAAGAAGAACAACAGCAAACCCAGUGUACAGCGGAGCAGUCUUCGAGCCAGAGCGUAAGAAGAGUGCCGUCACCUACCUGAACAGCACAAUGCAUCCUGGGACCCGGAAGAGAGGUCGUCCUCCAAAAUACAAUGCAGUGCUGGGGUUUGGAGCCCUUACCCCAACAUCCCCCCCAUCCAGUCAUCCUGACUCCCCUGAAAGUGAAAAGACAGAGACCACAUUCACUUUCCCUGCACCUGUCCAGCCUGUGUCCCUGCCCAGCCCCACCUCCACAGACGGUGAUAUCCACGAGGAUUUUUGCAGCGUGUGCCGAAAAAGCGGCCAGUUGCUGAUGUGUGACACGUGUUCCCGUGUGUAUCACUUGGACUGUUUAGACCCUCCUCUGAAGACAAUUCCCAAGGGCAUGUGGAUCUGUCCCAGAUGUCAGGACCAGAUGCUGAAGAAGGAAGAAGCGAUUCCGUGGCCUGGAACGUUAGCUAUCGUUCACUCCUACAUCGCCUACAAAGCAGCAAAAGAGGAAGAGAAACAGAAGUUACUUAAAUGGAGCUCAGACUUAAAGCAGGAGCGAGAGCAGCUGGAGCAGAAGGUGAAGCAGCUCAGCACCUCCAUCAGUAAAUGUGUGGAGAUGAAGAACACCAUCCUGGCCCGACAGAAGGAGAUGCACAGCUCCCUGGAGAAGGUCAAGCAGCUGAUCCGCCUCAUCCAUGGCAUCGACCUCUCCAAACCCGUGGACUCGGAGGCCGCCGCGGGGGCCAUCUCCAACGGCCCGGACUGCACCCCCCCUGCCGGCGCCGCCGCCACGCCGGCCCCCUCGCCCUCCUCCCAGAGCUGCACAGCGAACUGUAACCCUGGGGAAGAGACGAAAUAACAGCGCCUCUGCGGGGCCCGGCGGGGAGGAGAGCAGAACACUGAAGACCGCAGCUAAGCCAAGCCGGAUUUCUUCUGGAAAGUGCAGAAUUCUUUUGGUUCUUUGGUUCCAGAGAGAGAGAAGAUGCGUGUGCCAGGUGGCACCGGAGUUUGCCAAUUGACCUUCUCGUCCUGUGUGUACAUGCAAAGACUGGACCGUGUUCCAUGAGAUAGUGCCAGCUGGAGGUGCCCUGCCAGCACCAUGCCAAGUGAAAUAAUAUAUUUACUCUCUCUAUUAUACACCAGUGUGUGCCUGCAGCAGCCUCCACAGCCACCGUGGGUUUGUUUCUGUUUUGUUGGGUGGGGAGCAGGGGCGGGCGGAGGGAGGAGAGCAGGUUUCAGAUCCUUGUUUGCCGAGCCGUUUGUCGGGGUAGAGAAGACGAGUCCAAAGAGUGUGUGGGCUUUCCUGUUUCCAGACUUUCACGAUAAAGCCAAAAAAGGAAAUCGGCGGAGAACCAACCCCAGUGCCCAGGAGCGGGAAGGGGAGGCCUGGGAGGAAGCAAGGGGUGGGGCCGUGUAUCACAUAAGCAGUAUUUACGAUGGCCGGGGCCGUGGCGGGGCGGCCCAGCGCCAGGAGAGGUGGACGCCGGCCGCCUCCCCGCGCUCCGCUGCCUGCCAGCGUCCCCGCCACCCCCGAGCCUCCCGCGCCCCCGUCCCUCCUUGCCUGGUGAAUCGCGCAUCUCCGUGGUGAUCCGGGGUCUCUCCCGGCGGCCGGCCCACCGCCAGGGAGAAGGGCCCGAGUCCAGGAAGCCAAGCAGGUGGAUCAGUGAUUUUACUUGAAAACACGCUCCAUCCCUUUUCUGUAUUUAUGAGAAGAGAAGAUCUGAGCGAAGCAGCACGCGACCCAGGUGUGUGCAUUGAAUGGGGACAUUGCUUUCCUUUUCUUUUUUGUUUUGUUUUCGUUUUGUUCUGUUGUUUUUUUUUUUCUUCCUCUUCUUCUUCUUUAAAGAAGGGUUUAUUUUGUUGUUUACUUUUUGGUAACAAAAACUAAACUAAGGAAUAGAGAAGCUGUUUUCAGGCUGACAGUAAGGGUAGCCGAGACCGUGCAUGGUAGAGUAGGCGUCUUAGUGCCAGUGAGGUCCAGUGAGUCUUCGUGAGUCCUGUGUCAGCGUCGGCCACUGUUUUUUUAUGCAAGGGCAAAAAUCUUUGUAUCUGGGGAAAAAACAACAACUUUUUUUUAAAUUAAAAAGGAAAAUAAAAGAUAUUGAGGUCUUCCUAGUGUUACUUAAAUUAAGAUCAAGGUAAGAAAACAUUGUAAAAAAAAAAAACUACAAAAGUGCUAUUUGUUUCCUAAAAACAGUGAUUUCUAUUAAAAAGGUGUCAGAACUGGAGCAAUGCCGUGUAGUUAUAAUUUUUUAGCACAGAACCUGCUGAUCAUGGUGACGUUUUGCUGUGUCUCUGUCUCUGGACCGGUGGGCCAGUCUCCAGGAAGGGCAGGGCGGGGGCCCCCCCCCCGUCUCCUCCCCCCUCCUCUCUCGCUACGCAGGGAUCUUGUCUCAAGGCUGGGAAGCCCACACGGGGUACGCACAGCAUCAGGGCCCUGCCCCGCCGGCCUCAGAUGUUGCUAGAGCAAAAGGCUGGUGCCUCGAUGAGUAAGACCCUGCCCUUGGUGCUGCUCUGUCUUCAGCCACCAGCACUGUGAGCGCCGAGGGGCCACUGCUGAGGGCCACGGCUGGCGAAGCUCCUGGGGCCUGUGCGCCCUGCUCUGGGCGGGCAGGUGAGGUGGGGGCCAAGGCUGGGGGUGCUUAGAAGGAUCCAAGGAGUGAGAUGUCUUGAGGGGACUUUGUGUCUCUGCAGUCUGUCUUGCCUUUGAAGAGAGGUCUGAAACUCCUUGCUUGCUCUGCCUGCCGGCUCCGGGCACCAGAGAUGGAGUGUCCUCCGCUCUGGCUGCCCACAGGCUUCCUGGGGGAGAAUCAGGGUGCUUGUCUUGGCAUGGCUAGGGGUGGCCUGUCCUUGAGGAAGCCAGGGACCUGAGAGGCUCAGAUCAUCUCCCCCAUCCGCCUUGGGGUGGGGGUGCGUGCCCUGGCCCCCCGGUGAUGGGCCGCGGAGGACAUCCCGUUAGCCUCUCCUCCACCGGGUUAGGUCCAGGGACAGAGAUGAGCCCUGAAAGCGGAUGAACCGAGGGAGAGCUGCUGCGUAGAGCAAAAUGAAUCUCACCCACACCAGCCACCUCCCAUGCCUCUUCCCGCGGUGCCAGCACAGGAGGUGGAGUCUGGCUGCUUGCGCCCCGUAGCUGGGCCCUGGCUGCCAGGGACCAAAGCAGAGAGCCUGGUGCCGCGCCUAGCCAGGGAGCCUGGGAGAUGCCUGGACUAGUUGUAGGAGCAGUUGGCGAGGUUCGGAGGCAGCCACGGGCCGCACACCCUGUCUGGGAGCGCUCCCCUUGGACUUGGCUGGGCCCAUGGGCUGGGGGCUGCCGCACAAUGCCUGUCUCUUCUCAGGAGCAGGUGGGAAGCCGUGACACCAGGUGGGGUCGCGGCCAGGAGUCGCCUGCCCUGGGACCUCACCUGACGUUGUGCGAGGUGUGGCUUCUCCCCUGAAGUUCAGGUUCAGCCCUUUUUUGUUGCUUCAGCCCUGCCCCCAAACCUACAUGCUGGACUCAGAUUCCAAAAUACCACUUCCCUCUCCCGCUGGCCAGCUGGUCUCCUUGACCUCCACUGUCCUGCGGGUGUCCCGCCCCCGCUGCUCUCUGGCCUGGAGCUGAGCGGCUGAGCCGAGGCCCGCUGUUGGCAGUCCCCGCAGAGGGGCUGCCCGCCAGUCCUAAUCAGGCAGGCCGCACUGCUGCCACCAUCCCCGCCUUGCACAUUCCUGAGCCUGCAGGUCAUUCUGUCUUGCUUGGUGCCUGCUGGGUCUUGUCUCACCUCCGCGGAGCUCAUCACCUCUGAGAUCUGCCCUUCCUUGCCAGGCCUUGGGAGUGAGCUGCUGCUAGCGCCUGUCUUGGAGUUGCUAGCUGGGGGUAGUCCCCGCGGGGGCCCUGCUUAUGUGAAGUCAGUCUCCACGCAGCCUAGGCCACCUCCAGCUGGUGCUGUGAGUGCCAGCGCUCUCUGGCCCUGCCGCCGCUUGGCUCAGCCCCAACAGGCGUCGUGAAUGGGUGUGCACUUAGUGCAGCUCCUCCCAAGCGUGACCGCGUGUCCAGCUCACUUCCAGCCGCCUCUGGUACUCAGGCCUGGAGGGGCCGUCAGAGCCUCCCUGGGCCUCAGACCCCCCCGCCCAGCUCUCGCUCCCCCUGUACUCCCGCUGGGGAAUACGAUCCUUCUUGCUGAUCCAAAGGGCUGACCUGCUGAGACUUGGGGCUGAGGCUCUUAUGCAAGUCGGAUGGAUGGUGGCUCAGGCCCGAGUUCUCCAGACUCCAGGGCUUGAUUGUAUAAAUGACUGUGGACUCGCCCGUCCCCCUUGGCCGGAGACAGGAGUCUUAUUCUCACCCUGCCUGUCUGCCCCAGGAGCAGUGUGGGGGACUCUCUGGCCCUGCCACUGGAGUGGAGGGCAGGGAGCUGGGGGACCUCACCAGAGCCAGGCUGGGAACUCUAAAGAGGGGAGGGCAGGGCUCCAAAUCCCACGUGGCUCCCCAGCUGGGCUCCCCCCCCCCCCAGGGCUCCACCACAGCCUGCAGCAGCCUUUGGGCCCCGCCUCCCCAUCCCCCACCCCGGGUGUCCUGGGCCCUCAGCUGGCGGGGCGGGGCGGGGUGGGGCGGGCAGGAGCCAGAGGAGAGCCAGCCAGACCCCAGUCCUGUCUGUCGUCCGUGCCCUUUGUGAUUUCAGUCUUGGUAGAACUUGUAUUUGGAGUUUCGUGCUUCAAAGUUUUUGUUUUUGUUUGUUUGGUUUUUGUUUUCAGGGGGUGGGGGGGAUACAGAGCAGCUGAUCAAUUUGUAUUUAUUUAUUUUAACAUUUUACUAAA